AUGGGAGGAGGUGGUGGUGGCCACGACCCCUUUGACAUCUUAUCAUCUUUCUUUGGAGGAGGAAGCCCAUUUGGAGGUGGUGGCAGCAGCAGAGGAAGGAGGCAGAGGAGGGGAGAAGAUGUUAUGCAUUCUCUUGAGGUGUCGCUGGAGGAUAUUUACAGUGGAACAUCAAAGAAAUUGUCCCUCUCUCGUAAUUCCAUCUGCUCCAAGUGCACUGGAAAGGGUUCAAAAUCUGCUGCUUCAAUGUGUUCUGGUUGCCAAGGUUCUGGCAUGAAAGUUUCUAUCAGGCACCUAGGUCCCUCUAUGAUCCAGCAGAUGCAACAUCCUUGUAAUGAGUGUAAGGGUACUGGAGAGACCAUCAGCGAUAAGGAUCGCUUCCCUCAAUGCAAAGGUGAGAAGGUUGUCCAGGAGAAGAAGGUGUUGGAAGUGCAUGUUGAGAAGGGAAUGCAGAAUGGACAGAAGAUUACCUUCCCUGGAGAGGCCGAUGAAGCGGUACACAAAACUGUCACUGGGGAUAUAGUUUUUGUCUUGGCUCAGAAAGAUCAUCCCAAGUUUAAGCGAAAGGGUGAUGAUUUGUUUGUGGAGAACACAUUGUCCCUGACUGAAGCCCUCUGUGGAUUUGUUUGUGGAUACAAGGAUGAGAAGAAGAUGGUCCAUGAAGCAGAUGGUGCUGCUGUGGAUAGACGGAGGAUGAAAGUAUAG